UUCCGAUUCGCAAGCAGAGAGUGAGCACUGUCGGUAACCUAGAGAGAGAAAGAAGCUAUCUAGAGAGAGAGAGAGAAGAGAUACGACGAGCUUUUCCAUUUCCAGGUUCCAUGUCUAGUAGUGUCCAUGGCGAGCUCCUCAAAUCCUUCAAGGUCUCGAAAGCGCGCCAGACUCAUACAGGGUGCAAUUGGUGGCGACCCUCCUCCGCCGCGCGUUCAUGAAUCCCCUCCUCACCGCCCUGAUGACAAAGAUGGCCAUCUUGUGUUCGAACGGGGUGAAAAUCUCACUCCUCGUUACAAGAUUAUAAGAAAGAUAGGCGAAGGGACAUUUGGCAGAGUAUUGGAUUGCUGGGACCGUGUAAAUAAGGAGUAUGUGGCAAUUAAGGUCAUAAGAAACAUACCGAAAUAUCGUCAUGCAGCUAUGACAGAAAUUGAUGUUCUUUGCACACUUGCGAAGCAUGACACAGCUGGUUCAAGGUGCUGUUUGCGGAUGAAGGAGUGGUUUGAUUAUCGUCAUCAUGUUUGCAUGGUAUUGGAGAAGCUUGGUCCCAGUCUUUAUGACUUCUUGCGAAGGAAUUCACAUCGGCCUUUUCCCAUAGAUCUUAUCAGAGAAUUUGCUCUCCAGAUUUUGAAAGCUGUUGCCUAUAUGCAUCGGUUAUCACUUACACACACAGAUUUGAAGCCUGAAAAUAUUUUGGUAGUAUCUCCUGAUUAUGUCAGAGUGCCAUAUAAGCAUUCAUUGAAUCUUACAAAGCAUUACAACCGCAUUCCCAAGUCAAGUGCCAUCAAGCUUAUAGAUUUUGGAAGUGCCACAUUUGAGGAUCGGCGCCACUCCUCAGUUGUUUCUACCAGACACUACAGAGCGCCAGAAGUGAUUUUGGUGUGUUAUGUGCACCUUUCAGGUCUUGGAUGGAGUUAUCCAUGUGAUAUGUGGAGUGUUGGCUGUGUACUAGUGGAAUUGUGCACGGGUGGUGUUCUUUUCCAGACGCAUGAAAACCUGGAACAUCUCGCUAUGAUGGAGCAAGUGUUGGGUCUAAUUCCUUCUCAUAUAAUUCAAAAAGCUUGCCGGACUGCAGGGAGAUACUUCAACAGUGCCAAGGGAUUGAGAUGGCCUGAAGGAGCUGUGUCUAGAAAAAGCAUACAGGCUGUGAGACGGCUGCCUAGGCUUCCGGAUCUCAUCGUGGAUUAUGUGGAUCAAGACAAAGAGGAGUUCAUUGACCUUCUCAGACAAAUGUUUCACUACGAUCCUGAUCAACGUAUGACUGCCAAGGAAGCUUUACUACAUCCUUUUCUCAAAAGAUGAACGGCCUGAUGAAAAUUCAGUUUUUAGGCUCUGUAGGCCUUCGUGUGCAUGCUAACUCAUGUCUGCAAAUUGCUGGAGCGCACACGGUGUUCUUCUUUGUACCUUUUGUUGGUAUGGAGGACAUCUCUUGGAAAGGGCUAAUAAGACCGAAGCCACUCAGCGAUCUAAAUCUCCGAGAAUAGAAGUGGAAGCAAGGAAGCAGGUGGUUUGUUGAUUGGUAAGAGAUUCCAUUUGCAUUUGGCUUCUCAUAUACUGGGUUGUUUCUUUUCAGUCAGGCUGAAGGCACAUUAUCUCCUGUCAAAUAUGUAAAUACGAUCUUGCCUGAGGGUCUACCAGUCAUCCAAGUUCUCAUGAAGUAUAGUGCUUGACCAUGUGCAUUUCAUCCCAAAAGAGACUUGUUUUUGGACAAUCUUUUUGUAUUUUGGUUCUAUUUUUUGCGUAAUGUUGCUUUGUAUUUUAGCUACUUUCUUGUUUUUAUAGGUGAAGUGCUCCAAAUAACUACCAAAAAUUAACAUGUAAAUUGCCCAAUAUCAAUGUUCCAUGAGAUUGAAAGACAGCUGUGGACCUGGGGUUUCUUACAUGGCCCUUGAAUCUAAUGGUUCAGAUUUUACUGCUGCA